CCUUCCGCGCCCAGGCCGGCCGGCUUCCCUUUCCGGGAGCGCAGGCGGCGGCCGCCGGUGUCUCUUUCUCUCCGCUCCGCAGAGUUGGCUCUUGCAGCUCCCCUGCGGCGAGCAUGGCAGCUCGGAGACGCGGGGCCGCCCUGCGGCUCUGUGCCACAGUUUUUUUACUUGAUAUGGCUUUCUCUAAAGGAUAUGUAGAAGAUUUAGAUGAAUCAUUUAAAGAAAAUCGAAAAGAUGACAUUUGGCUUGUAGAUUUUUAUGCACCAUGGUGUGGCCAUUGUAAAAAACUGGAACCAAUUUGGAAUGAAGUUGGUCUAGAGAUGAAAAGCAUUGGUUCUCCAGUUAAAGUUGGAAAGAUGGACGCUACUUCCUAUUCCAGCAUUGCUUCAGAGUUUGGAGUUCGAGGUUAUCCAACAAUUAAGCUAUUAAAAGGGGACCUGGCGUAUAAUUACAGAGGACCACGAACUAAAGAUGAUAUAAUUGAGUUUGCUCACAGAGUGUCUGGGGCUCUAAUUCGGCCACUUCCAAGUCAGCAAAUGUUUGAACAUGUGCAGAAGAGGCAUCGUGUAUUUUUUGUUUAUAUAGGUGGAGAGUCACCUCUGAAGGAGAAAUACAUCGAUGCUGCUUCAGAAUUAAUUGUAUAUACAUACUUUUUUUCUGCCUCAGAAGAAGUUGUCCCUGAGUAUGUGACCCUGAAAGAGAUGCCUGCUGUGCUUGUUUUCAAAGAUGAAACUUACUUUGUUUAUGAUGAGUACGAAGAUGGUGAUCUAUCAUCUUGGAUCAACAGGGAGAGGUUUCAAAAUUAUCUUACAAUGGAUGGCUUCCUCUUGUAUGAACUUGGAGAUACCGGAAAGCUUGUGGCUAUCGCAGUAAUUGAUGAGAAAAAUACAUCAGUUGAACAUACCAGAUUAAAGUCAAUUAUUCAGGAAGUUGCUAGAGAUUAUAGAGACCAGUUCCACAGGGAUUUUCAGUUUGGCCAUAUGGAUGGAAAUGACUAUAUAAAUACCUUGCUGAUGGAUGAAUUAAAAGUCCCAACUGUGGUUGUACUGAAUACUUCAAACCAACAGUACUUUUUACUAGAUAGACAGAUUAAGAAUGCAGAAGACAUGGUCCAGUUCAUUAAUAACGUUUUGGAUGGCACAGUAGAUGCCCAAGGAGGGGAUAGCAUUUUGCAGAGAUUGAAAAGAAUAGUAUUUGAUGCCAAAUCUACUAUUGUGUCUAUAUUCAAGAGCUCUCCACUUAUGGGCUGCUUUCUCUUUGGCCUGCCACUGGGUGUCAUCAGCAUCAUGUGCUACGGCAUCUACACGGCUGACACAGACGGAGGUUACAUAGAAGAACGGUAUGAAGUGUCCAAAAGUGAGACGGAAAGCCCAGAACCGGUAGAAGAGAGCAAAGAAAAACAGGAGCCCAGGAGUGGGGACUCUCUGGUGCCUGCAGUGCAAGAAGCCAAAGAUGUGUUAGAAAAGAAGAAAGACUGAGACUUUACCAAGAUAAAAUAUUUCAUAGGAUUUCAAAUUAUUAAAGAGUCUAUUCAUUGAAUUUAGACAUUUAAUCAUGACCUUUACAGAAGAGAACACGGUGUUUGUAUUUUGCUGACAUCAACUGCAUGGGUUAUAAAAUAGUCCUUCCGUAAAUGGGGAGAUGUUUGGAGCAAAGAGAUGAAACGUUUGUCUAAAACAAACAAAAUCAAAACACUCCAUCAAAGUUUACCUUAUAGAUGUUGUUCUACCAGAUCAGUUCUAUUUGCAUGUUUCUCUAUCUGAAUAUUCUGUGACAAAAUUAAGAUUCUUGGGCAGAAUAUUUAAAUUGGCCAGGCAGGUAGAAGAUACGUGUGUGAUAGAGAAAAAUAACACCUCCACGUCCUACCAUCCAUUCUCCUCAUGUUUUGGAUAAGAUUUCUAUGGACAAAAUUAAGUCUUUAAAAUUUAGGCACUUUAAGGAGAACUAAUAACUUUUUCCAAGGAUCAAAUUAAGAUUAUGAGAUAAAAUAAUUUGGUUUUAUACAGCAUAGUGAUUUUGUUAUUUUUAAAGGAGAGGAAAUGUUACUUUUUACCUUUAUACUCAGUUACAUUAUAAAACUUUCAUACGGGCCUAUAUUGUGGGAAAAAAAAAUAGUCUUAUGUUUAAUCUUUGCAGCAGAAACAGGAUUUACUUGGAUCAGUGAUUUCAAAUGAUGCCCUGGACACUGAGAAGGUGUCUCAGCCAACACUGCAGGAAGGGAGGGGGGGUCUCUGUCACCCCUACACUGCUUUAGCCAGAACAGCAUACUUUUAUUUCUCUGUUUUAUAUAUUGGGAUUUCGUCUAAAAUUUUUUCUUUGGUAAAAAGCUCCUGCUGCUUUUUAAAAAGUAAUAUAUAUCAUGUUUUUAUUUUAUGGUAUGGUAACUUUAUAGUAAUUUAUAAUCUAGUGUGUGUGUAUGUAUAUCUAUAUAUACACAUACACACAUACAUAUACACAUAUGAAAUUUAUUGACAUACAUCUGUUAUGUAAUAUUAUGGGCGUGUCUGUGUUCAUAAUGAGUAAUGAGUGGCAUAAUCAGCCUGUUAAAGAAACUUCAUGUCCAGUGAUUAAAGACAUCUGCCAGUUACCUUCUCCGUCCUCCCCGCUGUUAUCCAUUUCAGCUAAUGACCCCUCAUCUUCUCUCCAUAACGGAAUAACAUAGGAAUUCUAUCCCAAGUUAUGUACAAAAACUGGUAUCUUUUAAAUAACAGUGUGGUAUGUUUAUGGUAGAUUAGUUUAUGUUUGAGACCUUCAUUUUAGCUAAGUUUAGGAUUUUUAUUAAGUGACUGUAAUCUGGGUGGUUAUUCAUUGAGUUAUGAAACAUUUUUAAAUGUUUCAUCACUUUAAAACUAUGUAAUUCAUGGUCCUGAUAGUGAAGCUGUUUAGGGCUGUGGUCCCCAGGGCAGCCUGGGGCUAUUUCUGAUGCCAAGCUGAUCACUACUAACCUGAGGCUCUUGUGCCUUUGUCCUAAGGAGUUACUAGGAAUUGCUCUCUCGUACCUUUUAGUAUAUAGUCAUUACUUGUUCUUGAUGUUUGGCGCCCCUUUAUUAUCAUUUUUAUAAAUGAAGCACGUAUGCAGUCCCAGGAAAUUUCACGAAAUACUAGAAUGAAAUGUUAUUCUUAAAUGGAAACUGGAGAUAAAUGCUGUUAAUUUAACAAGGAAAUUUCUCUCUAAAGAGUAAUCAGACAGUCUUUUGGAAAAUAGAUAUUAAUGUUGGCAGCAGUCAAGCUUAUUUUGCAGCUGCGAAAAGCUUAGCUAAAUACAGAUGCCUUACGUUAGUCUCGGCCUGGUAGGGAAGUUACAGCUUAGCCACUACCAGUGGCAGGAGGAAGCUGUAAAAAUGUCAUGGCUUCUUUCUUCAUGUUUAUCACUAACAGAUGUCUGUUAUCUGCAUGGUUUUGUCUUUUGUCAAGCACACCUAUAAAUUAAAGACCAAAACAGGGAAAAGAAAAAAAAAGGAGCAAAGCUUAAUAUGUAUCAGCAAAGUCCAGUGUUCUUUGUAUUUCGAGAUUUUCUUGUCUAUAAAUUAAUGCCUUAGUUCUCUGUUAUCUUUUUUCACAACACUAUACUGUUGCCCCAUAUUCUUAUUUGUGUUUUCAAAAUGUGUCUAUUUGGGAAACAAAAAGUGUAGAUGAUUUGUAAGUGAAUAAUUUUUUUUUUAUUAAAAUUUUGCUUUUUACUUGUCUCUAUUUUAGGAUAGUGUCACAAUAUCCUCACAAAACAAGUUGAAAGUUUUUGCUCACUAGUAUGGUUUUCCCCUCAAUGUGAUAUCAGCGUUUACUAGAAAUGCUGUUUUCGUUUUAGGAAAAAUUACUUCAAAAUAAAGGAAAGUUUCUUAAUGAAUCUUGUAGAAGAACAUAGAUAUCAUCCUAAUUCAGUGAUGAAUCUCACUGUGAUUACAUAUCAAUAGGGGGAAUACCCUUCAGUAAGUUGGAGUUUUGCCUUCUCUUUCAGUGGCAAUAAAGUUCUGUUUCUGACUUCUAAUAUUCAAGAUGCUAGAUGCUUGCUGUUGCUGAAUCUGGUGCUCAGACAGUUUUUAAAGAUAUUUCAAAGAGAGAAAGUGCAUGUUUUUAUGGAGCAGUGCACCUCAUUAUAGCUUGCCGUCCUUUUUGUUUCAUUGUAUACGUUAAUAUUUCUCUAUAUCUGAAACUUAGGUGGAUUAGACCUGGAGUUUUCACUUGCUUCUUUAUACAUAGUGCUCCCUGGUAUCUGAGUUAGAAAUAACGUGAAGAGCCAAAUGUCUAGCAGCUGAAGGACGGGUCUAUAUGAAUAGUAAAACAAUUAGCUAUAUUGUUUUCAUUCAGUGGAUAUUUGUUCUUGUUGAUAUUUCUUGUGUUUUGUUUCAGGGGCUUUUGGGUUUUGAUUUUGCAAAAAGUAAUUUAAAUAUUUUCAUCUUUGCUUCACAUGAUAUGGAAGUAGGACAGGGAAAACCACUCAGCUAUUCUUUUUAUACAGAGAGUGUUCAAAUAAACAAGUGUAGGAUGUUAAGACUAUCAAUUAAUUGGUGGGAUUAGGUUUGCCAUUUUAUUUUUAUAAAUAUAUAUUUUUUCUGAAUGUGUCUGAGUCCAAGAGUGGGCAAAAAAUAAUUUUCUACUUUGGACUAAUCUAUAAAGGGUUUUGAAAGUUUGUGUUACUAACUCGUUGAAUUCAUGAUAUCCUGCCUUAAGGCACCAAUUGUAAAUCUUCAUUUUUCUAAAAUAAAUUAAUUGAAAACAUGUAACCGUUUGUUAUUUUUACCAUUUAUCUUUUGGUUGUGUGGGAUGUAAAUAAUUCUCUAUGCAAAGCAAAAAGGACAGUUGAGACUUCAUCUUUCACGGUGGUUUUUUUUUUUCCUUCUAUUAAUUUUAAGUUAUUUGUAAUUAUAGAAACAUAGUUUUAAAAUUUAAACAGACUUGAUAGAGAUAAGAUUGUAAUCUAAUUCUUUCAUAUUGAAGGUGAAGAACCUGAGAUUCACAGGUUUGAUAUAUUUUGUAUUUGUAAAACCUGACCAUUUUAAAUAUUAAUUACAGAGUUUAGAGCUAGAAUAAUUGGAUUUGAGUCCUUGAUCCAACUGCCAGAGUGUCAUCUUGGACA